CAUGCCCUCAUCAAUCACUUUUUAAGACAACGCCUUUCUUUCCUCGUCUGCUAGGCUUCGACUGGAUGGUGAAUGAAGAGAAGCAUUAUCAACUAUGACUUCAGAGCUGAGGAUUGUGCUACUGGGCGGGAAACGUGAAGGGAAGAGUUCAUCAGGAAACACCAUCCUGGGCAGAGAGGAGUUUGACCUGAGGACAGCUGCUCAGUGUGUGAAAAGACAGGGAGAAGUAGCAGGGAGGCAGGUCACUGUGGUCGACACUCCAGGAUGGUGGAGGGAUCUCCCUGUAAAGAGGACUACUGAGCAGGUUAAACAGGAGAUAGUACGCAGUGUGUCUCUGUGUCCUCCAGGACCCCACACUCUCCUCCUGGUUAUACGGCUGGAUGUCUCAUUACUAGAGGAAGAGAGAAGAUCAGUAGAGGGACACCUGCAGCUUCUCAGUGAGAGAGUCUGGAGUCACACUAUAGUGCUGAUCACUCGUGGGGACUGUCUGGGAGACACAACCAUUGAGCAUCACAUUGAGAGAGAAGGGAAGGCCCUCCAGUGGCUUGUUGAGAAAUGUGGGAACAGGUAUCAUGUCCUCAACAAUCAAAACAGGGGUGAUGACACUCAAGUCACUGAGCUGUUUGACAAGAUGGAGGAGAUGAUGGCAGGAAACCGGGAAAAAAAACUGGAAAGAGGAAAUGUUUUUUACCAGACGUUACAACUGUCUAUGACAAGAGCCAGGAGUUACCUUUUCCUCCCUCCAAACAUGAGUGGAGACAGCAGAGCUGAGAGAGACGAUGAUUCUGGUUGGAGAUCUGAGACUGGAUCACUGUGGAGCCUUGAGAAGUGGAGAGAUGGUAGAUCUGAUCUCCUGUCUCUGUGGAGCUCUGGCUACGGCUCCCAGAACUCCAGACUUUCUCACCUCAGCUCAGGGUGGACUGAGCAUGCUCAGAAGGGCUCUGCAGAGGAGCAGCUGCACUCUGCAAGACUGGCGUUUGUGGAGCGAGUGAAGAUGCCUGUCCUGGACGAUCUGCUGGAUGGACUUCUGCAGGAGAGGGUGAUCAACGAUGCUGAGAUGGAGGUAGUGAAGGUGGAGGCAGUGAGGAAGGACAGAGCACGGGUCACCAUCGACAUGGUCAUGAGGAAAGGAGGUCCCUCAUGUUUUGUGAUGAAAACUAUGUUGUCUAAAUGUGACCCUGCCUUAUACAAAACUCUUGUGUCUGCGUCUGGGCAUGCUCUCAACAGUCAGUUUCACUUUCAAGACAACCCCUUUCCUUCGUCGACUAAUAGGCUUCGACUGUGUGGUGUGAGUAUAUACCCUGCCUGCUCUCCAUUCUCUCCAGGAGUAAAGAGAGGAGAACAAUUAUCAACUAUGGCUUCAGAUGACUCCCUCCAUCUCUCAGAGCUGAGGAUUGUGCUGCUGGGGGGGAAACUUGCAGGGUCAAGUUCAACAGGAAACACCAUCUUGGGCAGAGAGGAGUUUGACCUGAGGACAGCUGCUCAGUGUGUGAAGAGACAGGGAGAAGUAGCAGGGAGGCAGGUCACUGUGGUCGACACUCCAGGAUGGUGGAGUAAUGUCGCUGUAGAGAGAACUACUGAGCUGGUUAAACAGGAGAUAGUACACAGUGUGUCUCUGUGUCCUCCAGGACCCCACACGUUCCUCCUGGUCAUACAGCUGGAUGUCUCAUUCACAGAGAAACAGAGAAUAUCAGUAGAAGGACACCUGCAGCUUCUCAGUGAGAGAGUAUGGAAUCACACUAUAGUGCUGUUCACUCAUGGGGACCAUCUGGGAGACACAACCAUUGAGCAGCACAUUGAGAGAGAAGUGAAGGCCCUCCAGUGGCUUAUUGAGAAAUGUGGGAACAGGUAUCAUGUCCUCAACAAUAAGAACAGGGGUUAUGACACUCAGGUCACUGAGCUGUUGGACAAGAUCGAGCAGAUGGUGGCAGGUAACAGAGGAGGCCACUAUGAGAUGGACAGAGAGAUCCUGGAGAAGAUAGAGGAGAGAAGGAGCGCAGAGGAAGAGAGAGCACAACAGAGGCAGAUGAAGGUGCAGGAACAGAGAGAGACUCUCAGAUCACUAAUGGGUGACUCCCUCCAUCUCUCAGAGCUGAGGAUUGUGCUGCUGGGGGGGAAACGUGCCGGGAAGAGUUCAUCAGGAAACACCAUCCUGUGCAGAGAGGAGUUUGACCUGAGGGGAGCUGCUCAGUGUGUGAAGACACAGGGAGAAGUAACAGGGAGGCAAGUCACUGUGGUCGACACUCCAGGAUGGAGGAGGGAUCUUACUGUAGAGAGUACUACUGAGCUGGUUAAACAGGAGAUAGUACGCAGUGUGUCUCUGUGUCCUCCAGGACCCCACACUCUUCUCCUGGUCAUAGACUUGGAUUUCUCAUUCACAGAGAAACACAGAAGAUCAGUAGAGGGACACCUGCAGCUUCUCAGUGAGAGAGUCUGGAGUCACACUAUAGUGCUGUUCACUUGUGGGGAAUGUCUGGGAGACACAACCAUUGAGCAGCACAUUGAGAGAGAAGGGAAGGCCCUCCAGUGGAUUAUUGAGAAAUGUGGUAACAGGUAUCAUGUCCUCAACAAUAAGAACAGUGGUGAUGACACUCAGGUUACUGAGCUGUGGGACAAGAUGGAAGAGAUGGUGGCAGGAAACAGAGGAGGCCACUAUGAGAUGGACAGAAAGAUCCUGGAGAAGAUAGAAGUAUGGAGAAGAACAAAAGAAACUAGGGCGAAACAGAGGGAGGCCAAGGUGAUGAAGCAGAGAGAGAUCCACAAAACAUUCAUCAGUGACUCCCUCCAUCUCUCAGAGCUGAGGAUUGUGCUACUAGGGGGGAGGCAUGCAGGGAAGAGUUCAUCAGGAAACACCAUCCUGGGCAGAGAGGACUUUGACCUGAAGACAGCUGCUCAGUGUGUGAAGAGACAGGGAGAAGUAGCAGGGAGGCAGGUCACUGUGGUCGACACUCCAGGAUGGAGGAGGGCUCUCCCUGUAGAGAGAACUACUGCGCUGGUUAAACAGGAGAUAGUACGCAGUGUGUCUCUGUGUCCUCCAGGACCCCACACUCUCCUCCUGGUCAUACGGCUGGAUGUCUCAUUCAGAGAAGAAGAAGCUAAUUCUGUAGAGGGACACCUGCAGCUUCUCAGUGAGAGAGUCUGGAGUCACACUAUAGUGCUGUUCACUCGUGGGGACUGUCUGGGAGACACAACCAUUGAGCAGCACAUUGAGACAGAAGGGAAGGCCCUCCAGUGGCUUGUUGAGAAAUGUGGGAACAGGUAUCAUGUCCUCAACAAUAAGAACAGGGGUGAUGACACUCAGGUCACUGAGCUGUUGGACAAGGUGGAGGAGAUGGUGGCAGCAAACAGUGGAGAUGUGUUUUACUCUGAGAUGGACGGAGGUACAGAAAUGAACUGGAGUUCUGAAGAGUAUCAGACUUCACAACUGCCUGCUACUGCAGCCAGGAGCAUAGACCUGCCUCCAUUCAUGAGUGGAGACAGCAGAGCUGAGAGAGACGAUGAUUCUGAUUGGAGAUCUGAAGCUGGAUCACUGCAGAUCCUUGAGGAGUGGAGAGAUGGUAGAUCUGAUCUCCUGUCUCUGUGGAGCUCUGGCUACGGCUCCCAGAGGUCCAGACUUUCUCACCUCAGCUCAGGGAGGACUGAGCAUGAUCAGAAGGGCUCUGCAGUGGAACAGCUGCGCUCUGCAAAACGGGUGUUUGUGGAGCGAGUGACGAUGCCUGUCCUGGAUGAUCUGCUGGAUGGACUUCUGCAGGAGAGGGUGAUCAUCGAUGCUGAGAUGGAGGCAGUGAAGGUGGAGGCAGUGAGGAAGGACAGAGCACGGGCCACCAUCAACAUGGUCCUGAGGAAAGGAUCUCCCUCAUGUUUUCUGAUGAAAACUAUGUUGUCUAAAUAUGACCCUGCCUUAUACAAAACUCUUGGCUUCCAAUAAAACGUACAGAGAACAGUGUCAGACCUAAGAUGAGUGUAUCACACCAGUGUUUCAGCCUAGUAGGGAAUACACUGUAUGUACAGAUAUAUUAAUUACAAUUCAUACACAGAUAAAUGAAACAUGAAUUUGCCAUAUAUUUACACAUGGUAUUUUUUAUCUACAUUGGAACUAUAUUGUUGGAAUCAAUGAAAUCCAUAAAAAUAAAUAUAUAUAUAUAUAGUUUUUCGCUGGGUAUAUACAAUAGACGUUCUCAUUCAAAGCAAAAUUGAGUUAUUUAUAUAAUCUUAUGAAUGUUAAGUUCGAUUUUUGCCAAUUUUAUUAAAUUAAGAUCAACGGAAAUAAUUAACUAUUAUGUUUUACAGUCAGCACAACAUGGCAAUACCAGACAGAUUAAUGCAAUAUAGUUGGUAUUUAAAGGUGAAAUAAAUGAUUUGAUAGAAUUAGCAUACAACCAUAUAUAGGGAUGAGCUCUUUAAAAAAACUAUAUAUUUGAAUAAAAAGCUCCAAUAAAUGUAAA